UCAAUUUUUACAUUUUUAAUUUUCUAUUUUUUCAGCGUACAUUGUCAAAUUUUUAUAUAUUUUUCCCAAUUUCCAAUCAUCAUGUUACGCUUUUUAACAAAAAAUCUCAAUCAAAAAUGGCCUAAAACAUUUUCGAGUAGCAACAUACAAUAUCGAAAUUUUAACGAGAAAACUUCUAUAGUAAUCGGUGGAGGUUUGGAGAAACCUCAAGGUGGCUUAAAAGAAGAGAAAUAUUUUUGUAAUCAAAAUUUGGAUUUAAUGGCGAAACUACGUCAGCAGGGUACAAAAUUAAAGUGUGAAGAUGUUUUAAACGAUUGGAAGGAAUUUGAAAAAGUUUUAGGUACGACAAAUGAAAGUAAAGCUUUAAGGGAAUCAUGUUCGCUAAAUAAACAUAAAAAUUGUUUAGAGGAGGCAUUUUUCUUAAAUGAGCAAAAUGAAUGUUGUACAAAACUUCUUAAAGAAAACAAAAUUAUUAAACAAACAAAUUUAAAAUCGGCCACAAAAAAAUUGCAAGAAUUUAAUGAAAAUGCAGAUGUAAUGGAUUCAAAUAUGUGAAUGGUCAAUAGGUUUAAUUCUAAAUUCAAAAGAAGGUUUUACAUUCCAUAAUAUUUUGAAUUGUAUAAUUACUUUUUAUAUUUUUUACCAAUAUUUUUAAUUUUGUUAUUGCACGUCUUAUUUUAAAUAAAGCCUAAUUGGGGGUAUCUAUAUAAUUUGAUUUUCGUAAUCAAAAUUGUUACCCCUUUCCCCUCAAAAGAUGUACACAAUUUUGAUUUUAGAAUGAAAUUAUAUAGCAAUAUCACUCAA